AACACCUCUUUGAGUCACAUUCAUUCUCCGAAACAAAGAACAAAACAAAAAUAAUGAUGUCCCCAAUGCAUGUGAUCCUACCCAUUGUUCUCAUGGUGUGCACAACAACACUGAGCCUGGCUCAGAACACUCCACAAGACUACCUUGAGGUGCACAACCAGGCUCGAGCCGAGGUUGGUGUUGGUCCACUCUCAUGGAACCACACCCUUCAGGCCUAUGCUCAGAGGUACGCCAAUGCCAGGAUCCCUGACUGCAACCUCGAACACUCUAUGGGACCCUAUGGCGAGAAUCUGGCAGAAGGGUACGGCGAAAUGAAGGGUUCUGAUGCUGUCAAAUUCUGGCUCACUGAGAAACCUGACUAUGACUACGGUUCCAAUAGUUGUGUUCACGAUGAGUGUGGCCACUAUACUCAGAUUGUGUGGCGCAAUUCUCUUCAUCUCGGGUGCGCACGAGCUAAGUGCAACAAUGGUUGGAUGUUUGUCAUCUGCAGCUAUUCUCCACCGGGGAACUACGAAGGAGAACGACCUUAUUGAUUCUCUUUCUUAUCACUAAUAAAAAAAAAUAUGUGGUACCUCGUAGAGUGUCCUGUUUUUAUGUCUUUGUUUGGAAAUCACCAUGUGUAAUAUUCAAAUAUAUUUAGCUAUCAUAUGAAGACAUUUAUCAGUAUAAUUAGUUUUUUUUUA